UUUUGCUGCAGACAGACAUAUGGGCUACUGCCUGUUCUGAAAUGAAACCCCAUCUUGGAUAAAAGAUGUCACUUGUUCAGCAGCAUAGUGGAGCAAGAAUAGCAAUUGCCAGGGAUUUAAAAUGAAGAAUUACACAUAAAUGAUUAGAUAACAUAAGCCCUGUUGAUGGUAAUGUGUGCUUUUCAGAGAGAAGAGCAGAAGUUGUACAUCCCCAGCUAGAGAGAGGACAAAUAAGAGCCAGUUGAUUUAUGAGACUGAAGCUUGCUUUAAAUCAAAGUGUGUACAGAUAUAAUGGCUUCUGACUGCAUGCCACUGGGCGUAUGAAAUGAGACCCAGAGGAGGCUGUGUCUGGCCAAGAUGCAAGAUGGGCAGGAGGCUGUCUACAGAUUUCCUGACCAAGUAUGGCACGUGGAGCUCCUCCCCCUUCAACAACAGCUGUAUAUCCUGUGUGCUGGAGUUGGCAUUUACUGUAUUUCUUUGGACUACCAAAGCAGGUUAGCAAAGCAGACAGAUGGUGAGGAAAACGACUGCUUCUCCAGGGUCCUCCCCAUGGGCUCUGAAGCUUGCACCUUCCCUGAUGCCACCCUUUGCACCUUCACUCUGCUCAAUGAUGUUCUGGUCACCCUUUCCCAAGUCCAGGGGAAGUGGUGCAUGAACCUCCACCAACUCCCAGGCCCUGAGGACCAGGAGAACUUGCCACGACAGCCAAUCAGUCAUGUGGAUAUCACCACCAGCACCGAUGGGGACAUGGCCCUUGCCCACUUCCUUCCUGUCCUGUGUUGUGCAUCUUCUCCCAGAGCUACCAGUCAGAAGGAAGGCCUUCGCCAUUCUGGCGGCUUCAUGCUUGAGGAGCCCCUCUUUAGCCUCCUCUUUGGCAUUGAUGCGGCCAUGCUGGAUUCUCCCAUGAUCCUCUGUGGCUUCCCUGAUGGCCAGCUGUGUUCUGUUCCCUUGAAAGCCCUGAGUUCUCCUGACGACCACAGUCAUGAGGACUCGCCUGUCAAGAUCCUUCAUCAUUUGGAAGAGCCAGUGGUCUUCAUCGGGGCCUUGAGGACAGAGCGGAAGUCUCUGGAUGGGGAGGAGCUGCCUGCCUAUGGAGCCUUGGGCUGUGACUGUGUGGUAGCUUUGGGUCACUAUGGCAAAAUGGUGGCUAUCAAGGCGGCUCCAGGGGAAGAUGCCAAGGUCCCAGAGCUCCGAGAGUAUUACCUGCAGGGGCCUGUUCUGUGUGCAGCAUGCAGUGGAGGGAGUUGCAUGUACUACAGCACCCAUUCGGACAUCUAUGCUGUUGACUUGGACAGCAACAAUCCGGAGGCUGAAAAAGUGGAGGACUCUUCAGGGACUCUUCCGUCAGCUCUGUCUCCUGCUAGCUUGAGUAUCUGCAGCGUGGUGGCACUUUCUUUAUCUUCUCGGGAGUCAGAAGGUGAGUCUGAGCUUCUGGCUUUAUCUGCUAAAGGCCGCCUCAUGACGUGUGGCUUGUGCAGUCCAGAUGAUACACAGCCUGUCAAGAUGAACCCUGACAAAGCUGGGCAGAGAAUCAAAGAAUUGCUUUCUGGGAUUGGCCAUGUCUCAGAAAGAGUGUCCUGCCUGAAAAAGGCUGUGGACCAGAAGAACCAAGCUUUGACAUGCCUCAACCAGGUGAUGAAUGUGAGCGCCGCUUUGCUGUCGAGCCAGAAUGGCCAGAAGCCCAUCGCUUGCACCAUUACCGCCCACUGGAGCCACAUCCUUGUUCGGGACACCUUGAACGUCUCCUGUGUCCUGGAGAACUCGAGCGAGUGCAGCCUGGAGCCAGGUUGGACCUUCUGCGUCCAGCUGUUUGCCAGCUCCUAUGACUUCAGUGAGGGGUCCUCAGAUUUUGCCACAACUUACACCUUCCCAAUCGACCAGCUCCUUCCUGGGAACAAGACGGAAGUGACCCUCCCGCUGGGCCCUGCUGAAGGCACCAAGCUAGAGCUGCCUUUCACCGUCUCCUGCUCCCUCUACUACAGCCUGCGGGAGAUCCUGGGCACCAUUUCAGAGUCCACCGAACUCCUAGAUGACCUGUUUUCCGACGAUUCCCCAGGCCUUUGCCCCGACAGAGAAGGCAUCUGCUUGCCCUUGAAGGAGGUCACUAUCGACCUCCUACAGUGCCUUCGUUUGGAUCGUGGCCAUGGCAGUGGAACCCCUGAAGUCAGCCCCCCUGCAGCUGCCCUGUCCCUCUCGGGGGAUCCCCUCGAGACCUUCCUGAAAUUGUCCCAGUUCCAGUCCGACCUCAACAGUAUUGAAAGGAGUGAUGAGCUGGUCCCAGGAGCACUGAGAGCUCUGGGAGAAGGUUACCUGAUUCCUUCCGUCGCUUCAAUCAAAGUGUCCUCUGACCUGAUGAGAACCGCCCUGAAGGACUUGUGUGCAGAGAUGUCGCUCGGCUGUGCUGUGCUGCAGUGGCUGCUGGUGGAGAAUGCUGAGGUGGAGGCCCUUUCGAGCCAGGAGGCAGCAGGCGUGCGGGGGCUGGCGCCAGACGGAGGCGAAGUGCAGCUGAACAUCCGAGAGGUGGCUGUCAGUGACCUGAGCCCGACUGGCCCCAUCCAGGCUGUAGAGAUCAUCAUCCAGAGCUCGUCACUGGCCAACAUGUGCCAGAUGCACCACGCUGUGGUCAGGCACAUUCAGGCACUGGUUUUGGACCAAGCCACCCAAGAUUCCACUCCUUCUGAUAUCCGGAUGCAAUAUCUUCACCAGAUCCAAGCCAACCAUGAGAUGCUGCUGAAGGAGGCACAGUCCCUGUGUGAUCGCCUGUGCCUAGGCAACGAUUCAGACGCGACAGUGGAGAAGCUCCUGCACGUUUAUCAGCAGCUGCGCAACCCCAGCCUUGUAGUCCUGUGAAUGCGGUUAUCUAUCUUUUCGGCAGGCCUUGGAUGCCUCAGCCUCUAUCUCUGCCCAGGGCCAGUCGGAGAAAGGGAGCAGCUGGCUGUACACCUUGGGGAACUGACUGAAGGCAGAAGCAGAGACGUGGCAGGAGAGGAGGAGAAAGGAGGCCGCAGGGGGUCACUGCUGGGCAAGCCCUGCAUCUGUCCCACAGGCUGGCUCCAGGGCUUAGCCUUUUCAUUCCAUUCCUCCUUCCCCCACCUCCCUUCCCUUUAAUGUAACUGUUCCUUUUUCCUGGGGUUCUGGUUUCCUACAGUUCCUGGCAGAUCUGGUUGGUGCAGUACGGUAGCCUCAUGCCCAAGCAGAGUGUCCUGAUGGAUGGCCUCUGUGUCAUGCAUUUCUACGUGUGUGUGUGUUUUGUUUGGGUGGCCAACAAGGUGCUGUCGUGGACGUGGGUGGCAUGUUGUGGGUCACACUCGAUGUUGCUAGUGACGGCUUCUUUUGCUUUCAGUGUCAGUGGCUUUGCCGUGGUGAGAGGCAGGAAUCUUGUGAGUUGUAUGGGGGGGGAAGGGAGGGGUCAGGUUUUGCCGGCUAUUUAACCUGUUUUGUUCACUUCAGACAGCAGCAAAAAAAGGGCUAUGCCUUCAGCUGUGUCAUAUUUUUCGGGAACACUGUGGAAAAACAACGCCAGGAUGUCACACAUAUAAAUUAACUCAGGGGUGCUCUUAGUAUGGUGCCCCUUUUUCUAAUGGGGCAUUUUGCUCCUUUUUCCAAUAUUUGUCCUUUCUAUAAACAACUUGCUUGUCUAUUUCCAUGGUAAAGACUCAUGCAGA